UUUUAUGGUUGUAUCUGAUACACCUAAUUAUAAAAAUAUAGAACAGUUUUGAUUCUUGUUCUUAGGUUUUAUUCUUUAUCUGUGGUCUGUAAAAACGAAGUAAAAUUUAAUCUCCAAAAAUUACAAUUACAAAUCUAUACUCUGUACUCUAGCUAAAGUUCUAAAACUUCUAAGCAUUCUAUGAUCUGUGUUGUUAAGGUCUGAUAAUGAAAUCUGAUUAUUAAUGUUACAAUUUUCCCAAUUAUAUUUUAAAAAAUGAUUAAGUUACUCUCGAUUCGAUUAUGCACGCGUUAUGUAAUAAGAAAUAUGUGUACACCAUCAACUUCUGGACCAUCUUCGUCCCAAUCUUCUGCCCGUGCACAAUACAGACCAUCUGAGUUCCAGAAGUUUAUCCUAGUUUGGACAAAGAAAUACAAGUCCAAGGAAGAAAUCCCUAGCUUUGUAUCUGCUGAUUUAAUCGAGAGAUCGCGUAGUCAAGCCAGAAUUAAAAUUGCAAAUGUACUCAUGCUUCUAACUGCUCUCGCCAGUUUGGGUGCAAUAUUUGCUGGCAAAGCUGCUGCAAAACGAGGUGAAUCUGUACACCAGAUGAAUAUAGAUUGGCACAAAAAGUAUGAGGAAGAUUACAUUAAGAAACAAGACCCAACAUCUAAAUAAGAAUUAGUUUGUCUAAAUACUGUAAUAAAUCAUGUUCAAUAUAUAACCAUGUACAUAGUGUAUUAAAGAGAUGUAUUCUAUAUUAGAUAAGUGAUGUAGUAAGUUAUUAAAAAGCAAGUAAAA